AUUGUCGAGAUAAACUGGUAGGAAUAUCAUUUUCUAAGUAAAUACCAUAAUAAUUUGUUGAAGAAAAAAAACAGGUAUUUCUGUUCAGUUGUUGAACUACAGCUGUCUAAUUGCAUCCAAUUUAAAGGAAAUUGACUUGUGAUUAACCUCUAGAAAAGUCAAUAAAUGUCUAUUCUAAAAUUAAAAUAAUUAGCUAACUAAACUACAUGGUAGAAUAAUCAAUCACUAACGCAGAUAGCUCAAUUAUCGCUCUAUGUUUAGGAAACUUACCCAAAUACCAAAUAACAAAAGCGGGAAAGAGCGAUUGAAAACAAAAGUGUCAAUUAAUGGUGUUAUUUUUGUUCAGUAGGGAAAGUAAAAAUGGCGAAUUCUGACGACUUCAAAUUGUAUAUUUUAAAGAAUGCAAUAGUGAGGAACUACGAAGAUAUACGAGACGCUUUAGAGAUAGAUGAGACGUUUAUUAGAGAUUUGAUAAAAGAGGGAGUCCUAAGUGAAAAGGCUGGAAUAGAUUAUAUAAACAAUAUUCAACAACGAAGUAAGAAGAAAAAUAUUAAAUCAGUACUAAUGAAGGAAAUAUUAAAUUCCAAUAAUGUAAAUGUUGUUCAGAACUUUGUUAAUAUCCUUGAGAAGAAACCUCUUCUAAAACAAUAUAUAGAUCAUGGAAUAUAUGAUGCAGAAGCAGAUUUGUACAAUGGAGCACUGCAAAUGUCCUUUGAAACUUUUUCGCAAUAUGUUCGAUUUAAUGGAUCGACACUUAUUCUUCAUUUAGUGAGUGAAUGUGUUUUAAAUAUAGAUGAAAUGGAAUUAAUAGAUAUAAAGCCAACUCAAGUGUCGAAAUGCACAGAAUUAUUCCAAAUUUUACUUCGUAAAGGCGAUAAAUUACCAACUGUUGUCGCAGUUCUAAGGAAAUGUGGAAAUGAUAGAGUAGCUGAAGAAAUAUUGACAAACUUGACUAAAUCAUCACAAGUUUUGGACCAGAAAACAAAAAGAACUCUGCAAGAUAAAAUAUUUUUAGGGCUUUGA